UAUCUGUUGAGAAGACGAGCAGAUUUCGUGGCACCAGAGAUUCCUUUUGAUCUCAUGAUAGAAAUCCUAACUAGGUUGCCUGCUAAAUCGCUUAUGAGGUUCAGGUGUGUCUCAAAGCUAUGGUCUUGUCUGAUCCGUUCUCGAUAUUUUACCAACCUUUAUCUCACGGUUUCAUCAUCGCGACCGCAACUUCUUGGUCUAUACAUGAGUUUGAUUUCGGUGCAUUCGGUGAGACACUUUAAGUGUGAUUCAAUGGAGCUCUGCCACAACCGUGGAAAUUCUGAUCUGCUAUCAUUAAGGUUAUCGUCGUCCUUUAGUAAUAGUGCUGAAUCAUCCUUAGAACUAGAUUUGACUUUCCCAGGGAUGGGAGGAGACAGGAUGGUUGUUCUUCGCAGUCUGAUUUUAUACACUAUUUGCAGAAAAGCAUGUAUCUAUAAUCCCACAACUAGACAAAGCUUAAUCUUACCGGCCGUCAAAUCCGACAUCUUUGCUCAACAAGAACCUAAUAAGCGCGUCUACUACUUUUUUGGACAUGACCCUAUUCAAGAUCAAUACAAAAUAGUAUGCAUUGUUGUGCUAGGCUCAAAAUAUAGGCUAACCUCCGAGUUUUGGGUAUUCAUAGUGGAACCAGGAGGUUUUUGGAAAAGAAUUGAGCAUGAUGAUCAAGCUCACAUUCCUAUAGGACAAGGACUCUGCAUCAACGGAGUUAUAUAUUAUCUGGCUUUCAGUAAUACAUGUCGCGAUACCCUUUACUGUUUUGACGUUAGGUCUGAAAAGUUCCAUAAGAUCCAGGCACCCCAUGGGGUGUCUAACUUUUGUGUGAGCGUGAGUUUCAUAGAGCAUCGUGGGAAACCAGCACUCUUUGAUUAUUUAAAUAUCAGAGAAACUGGUGUGUCAGAGUUGUGGGUGUUGGAGGAUGGUGUAACAUGGUCGAGGAAGUCUCUGGUUGUGAAGCCUUGUCAGAGGCAUUUAGUAGAUGACUUUAGCUUUAUGACGGUGAUGGUGCAUGGUCAAAACAAUGAGGUUAUCUUGGCGUUGCGUAAUACUUGUUACCUUCUCUGUUAUGAUCUGAUAAAUAAUGAUUUGAGAAAGGUUAAUAUCAAUAGAGAAAGUCCACCGGACCAGAGGCGGUACGUGUAUGUCAAUGUUAUGGAUACCGGUGAAAACAUCUUGUACUUGGAAACUUGAUUAUCAUUACUAUUUGUGUUUUUCCUGUAAUAAUGUAAUUGUACUAUUUAUUUUGUAAGUUUUAUUUUACUUAUGUUACAAACAAACAGUUCUUCUAUUGUUUAAUAUCAUGAUAGGACUAGUUUUGUUGAUAUGGGUGAAUUUUUGAAGCUUGAAUGCUAAUGAUCCAUGAGUAUAAUGCAUCCAAUUAAAGAAUCUGAGAGUGUUUCAUCAGAAUAAUAUAUAAUGCAUCGUAUGAUUUUGAAGUUACAUUCUUCACCCCGGUUCUCUCAUGAUUUUAAAAUCAAAUUUACCUUUUCUAAUUGUGUGUCCUUUGUUUUAUUAUCUACCUGGACUGAGGAGAGUUUGUUCGUUAGAGUUCAGGCCCCACCUUUUGGGUUCACCAGACUCGGGAUUGGCUAAUUCGUUUUUAGGCGCCAGUGGAUCUGAACGGAGUUUGCUCCCAUUAUCAACUAUCUACAACUGGAGCUGUGGCUACUUUUCCAAACCUCUUCUUUCUGAAGCUGAUGCUAGUCUAGAGAUAGAUACCAAAAGAGAAGAGAAAGAAUGGAGUGAGUGCAGUUACCUCGGAACAUGUCUGAGGAAGACUUCUCAUCCAUGCAUUUCAUACAUAACAUGCUAGAUGGUUCUACGGGUUCGUUCUCUGCUUUUAUCACCGGUUCUUCCUCUUGCUUGAUACGCAAGGUAACAUGCCUUUGCGGUUGGGGAUGAUGGUUAAUCUCCUCCUUCAUCAAAGUGACCAAAGAAGAAGCGAGAGCUUCUUGGAGAUGCAGAUUAUUGACAUAGUUUACGUCGCAGGGUGGGAAAACCCUGUUGUAAUCGUAUAAUGCAGGGUCGUAGUAAUAAUCUACAUCCUUGUGCGUGACGUUAUGAUGAUGAUGAAGAGAAGCAGGUUCCCAUUAUCACUUUCUUUUGCUUUCUCCUCCUUUGUCUUGAGAUUGAGUUAGGUGUGCGCAUUUAGGUUAGAUACUAGCUUAUUUUAGAAGGUAUCUGCAAAAUUAAGUGGGGCUUAUUGGAACAGGGAUUUCACAAAAUUUUAGGUUUUUGCCAAAUCCUCCCUUAUUGGACAAGGUAUUUAUAAAAAGUUUUACAAAUCCCCUCUUAUUGGAUAUAGCAUUUAUAAAAAUCUUAUUAAAUCACCCCUUAUUGGAAAAUAUGGAUUUCAUCAAUGAGAUUCAUUAAAAGUUAUUUUGGAUAUUAAAAACUAUCAUUUACCCUUCAAAUUCAAUAGAAUCAAAUACCACCUAAAGAGAUGGAAUUUAAAUAAAAAAAAGUUAUUCAUCUUUUACACAGAAGAAACGUAAUUGAGAUGGGAAGAUAAUGAAUUCAAACUGUUCUCACCAUCAUCCAUCUGAGAAUGGUUCAUAUGAUGAUCUAACAACGGAGGUUUCAGCGAGAAGAUGAUGAUGUGCACCUGUCACCUUCUUAAGCCUACUUGCAGAAAUCCAGUUUGUAGCAAAUCAAAGGUAUGAUUUUUUACACUGAAGAAUCUGAGUUCAGUAGAGGAAUAGUUGAUUAUAUGUAUGGUUUUAGAUCUGUCUAGCAAUGGUUUAAGUGGUGUUAUCCCAUCAGAGCUUGGAGAACUCUCGAAACUAGCCAUAUACUUAUGGGACUAUACAAGAGAGACCAUCCGCCAAACAUGUUUGGAGUUGUAACAACGCCAUAUUUGUAUAACUGGUAUCAAGUCUGAUGUACAAUGGCACAGAGAAAGAAUGAGUCUUUUGUCUCUUUUUGUUUUGAUUCCCUCUCUUGACACUUUACGAGGAUGUUCGAGCUUUUCUUUUGUUGUUGUAUAUCCUUUUAACUCUUUCACAUUAUUUUUCAACCCACUACAAUAUCUCUCUGUUUAAGAUCUCUCUAUUUGGUUACUGAAACAAACCAAAAAUUCCCGAAGUCAAAGCCACAACAACAACUAUAUUAGUGACGUCGGGAUUUCUUCAAGUCUAUUCACUUGUUUAGCAGAAUUAAUAGCUUGGAACAUAUAUCUAUGUUAUUUACGUUUGUUUGAGAUUUUCUUUCUAGAAAAAUAUCUUUUUAAAUCAUAUGUUAGCUAUGAUAUUGAUAAUCAUUGAAAUAUAUAGAUAUGAUAUUUUUGUUUUGAUAUGGAUUGUUUGAGUUUAUCUUUUCAUUAGUUAAUUUAAAAUAUAUUCAUAUAUGUAUAUAGAUGUGUAUCAAAGCCAAGAAUCAUACGUGAACAAUAGAAAGUGGAGAAGUGGGCAGCUUCUUUGGAAAAAUAAAGGUUAGAGUUUUAUCUUUACUAUUGUUUAUGUUGCUUUUUUUCCACAUAAUCAUGAAUGGUUUUGUGAUAAAACUUGCUUGAAUUAUACGGUUGCGUUGUUCUUCUUGGUUUUCUGUAAUGUUUUAUGUUUCUUUUAACAAUUUGAGUAGAUAUCUCCUGCACUAAAAUGGGAGAUCAAGAAGGAAAAAUUAAAAAUCAAUAUAUUUCUUGGUCUUAUACGAGCAUAUAUUUUUGCAUGUAACUUACUAUGUUAACAUUGCAUAUUAAAAGUUUACGAGGUUACAUAACAUUUUCAUUAGUUAUGAAAAUAAUGUUGAUAUAAAUGAUUUGGUUAAUGGUUCAUUAAUAUUUUAAGUCUAGAGAUUUUCAACAUUGUGGAAGUAAAGUAACUUUUUAUAAAACAAUUCAUCAAAUUAAAUUAUUAGACUUGUAUCUUUAUAAGACACAUAGAAUAUAUAAAAUUAUUGGAAUAAUUCUUGAAGUGUAUUACUCCAUCUGUUUUUAAUACUUGACUUUUACAAAAAUUUCGUUGUUCCAAGUUAAAUAACGUUUUUAA